UUCGUUUAACCUGUUCAAUCAACUCUGUUUUCUUUCAAGUAUCAGCUGAGUUCAUUGAUGGAUUCACAUUGUUUGUUUCUCCUGGAUUUGAUCUGUCUUGGAGUUUUGUUUCUACUGCAUUGUUUGCUGCUGAAGUUUGGACACUAUGUAGAAUAUUCAAGAGGACCUCCAAUUACAGGAGAUACACACCAGAAGGGAAAUAUCCCUUAGUUUCACUAAGCUUUGGGGAUGCAAGUCCUAAAGCAUGUAGCCUUGAAUCUGAAAACAGUGGUGACCACUCCACCAACUUUAAACAAAUGUCAUUUCAACAAGAAAACAAUAAUGGUGAUGACAAUUUAAUGGAUGAAAGAAACCCUCAUUUCUAUCAACAACAUCCAUUCACAUCAUCCAGCUCAAGCUUUUGGAACACAAGUAAUGGUGAGGAGGAGGAGUUGUUUAGUGAUGGGAAAUGGGAUGAGCUUAAAUCUAUUGUUGACUUAGCAACUGACCCAUCAAGUUUAUACAGAU